AUGGCCCUUAAUGUGGAUGAGGAGGUGAAAAUCACUAUUAAACACCAGCCUCCUCAUCAAACACCAUCUGUCUCCAUUAAACCAUCACCCUUCACCACUGAAUACCAACCUCCUGAUCAAACACCACCUGUCUCCAUUAAACCAUCACCCUUUACCACUGAAUACCAACCUCCUGAUCAAACACCACCUGUCUCCAUUAAACCAUCACCCUUUACCACUGAAUACCAACGUCCUGAUCAAACACCACCUGUCUCCAAUAAACCAUCACCCUUUACCACUGAAUACCAACGUCCUGAUCAAAUACCACCUGUCUCCAAUAAACCAUCAUCCUUUACCACUGAAUACCAAUGUCCUGAUCAAACACCACCUGUCUCUAUUAAACCAUCACCCUUUACCACUGAAUACCAACCUCCUGAUCAAACACCACCUGUCUCCAAUAAACCAUCACCCUUUACCACUGAAUACCAAUGUCCUGAUCAAACACCACCUGUCUCUAUUAAACCAUCACCCUUUACCACUGAAUACCAACCUCCUGAUCAAACACCACCUGUCUCCAAUAAACCAUCACCCUUUACCACUGAAUACCAACCUCCUGAUCAAACACCACCUGUCUCCAUUAAACCAUCACCCUUUACCACUGAAUACCAACCUCCUGAUCAAACACCACCUGUCUCCAUUAAACCAUCACCCUUUACCACUGAAUACCAACAUCCUGAUCAAACACCACCUGUCUCCAAUAAACCAUCACCCUUUACCACUGAAUACCAACCUCCUGAUCAAACACCACUUGUCUCCAUUCAACCAAUCCGAACCUUUAAGCAUCAAAACCCACCGUGA